AUGAGAACUAAAAGCAAACGCUGGUUUAUCAAUGAUUCAUGUGGAAUUUGUUGUGUAGUAUUUACGUAUCUUCUGAUCUUCUUUGCCGAAUGCGUAGUCCUCUUUGUGACUCUGCUUCCAGAAUCCUCAACUUCUUCUACAGUGCAUGCAAUCAUAUAUAAUGUUCUAAUCAUCUUAGCUGUAGCGGCUCAUUAUAAGACCAUGGUAACUGACCCAGGUGCAGUACCAAUCGGAAAUGCAACGCCAGAAGCAUUAAGAAAUCUGAGAGAUAAUGGCAGUUUUCGUGAUAUGGUAGUCGUGAAAUGUGUAAAGUGUGAAUGUAUAAAACCUGAGAGGGCGCAUCAUUGUAGAAAAAUGGAUCAUCAUUGUCCUUGGGUUAAUAACUGUGUUGGAGAGUACAACCAAAAAUAUUUCGUUUUGUUUACGAUGUAUAUAUGCUUAUCCUCAAUUUAUUCGAUAUUCCUGGGUAUUCGGCAUUUUAUUAUUUGCCAUAGUAUCGAGGCUAGAAACUGUAAGCCAUUUUCGCUGCCCGCAACCAUCGUCUUUGUUGUUGCAUUAUUAUUCGAAGGCCUACUUUUCGGACUUUUUACACUGAUAAUGUGGUCUUCUCAGAUGUAUGCAAUAGCUAAUGAUGAAACGGGCAUUGAAGCUCUAAAAAGUAAUAAGGAUGGAGUUCAAAAGAAGGCUUGGCUUAUGAACUUUAAAGAAGUCUUUGGUGGGUCAUUUUCACUUCUAUGGUUUUCUCCUUUUAAUUCAGUUCAUUACAGGGGGAAAGAAGAUGCAAUGCAUUACAUAGUGUAGUUGACGCUACAGUUUUGUAUUUGGCAACUCUUCGUCAUAAACGGUUACUAGAGGGCGUAUGGUAGCCUGCUACAGACGUCUAUUUCCUCUAAAUAGGAGUAAAUUUCGCUGAAUUAUAGAUAUAUAUUGUUACCGAGGGUACAAUUCUUUUAUGAUUAAUAAUUUCAAAAACAUACUAUUUUUAAGACUCAGUAAUUGGUACAGUACGGUACUAGUUUUAUCGCGACAUUGAUAGAUUUUUAGAUUUUUUACAGUAUCAUUCUGUAUUUCGCCGGGGACUCGCAUGUUUGGCAAUGAAAAGCCGAAAGAACGUAUCAUAUAUUGUUGGAAAUAUCGUUAAUAUGAUGUAACGAUUUAUUUAACAAUAACACGUUAUGCUAACCUUAUGUAAUCCGUACCAGAUACGUAUUUAUUACUAUUGUAGUGAUUAAAAGUUCGUAGAAGAGACCUAUAGCAUACGAUGCGGAUAAGUUCCAGUACUAUCUUGUUACGAUAUUUGAGGUAUCAUUGAAAACACUUGCGAACAUUGCAAAUUUGAGUUGUAGUAUAUGCACCGUAGUUUCGCUAUUUCAUUUCACGGAUUUGUUGUGG